AAAUGAUUGGGGUCACCGCUCGGUCGGCGUCUCCCUCUUGCUGCGGAUGUGUGUAUGCGCCGCUGUCCUCCCCCGCUGCUCCGCCGCUGCUAGCUGCAACUCCGUCCUCUCCUCCUCAAUGUCGCAGGCUGCUGGGCUCAGCUAGCUUCCCAGCCGUACACGCUUGCCCUUGCCCACCCUACUAGUACCACCACCACCCGUCCCGUCCUCCUCGAUCGCAUUCACCACCCGUCCACCCCCUCCUCUUCGUCUUGCCUCCUGCAGGCGCCUAUCCCUCUCGGCAGGAAAAGGAAACUGCAUCUGCUCGCUUCUCCCUCCUGGCGCGCCUGAUCGAUCAGGGGAGGAGACAGGAUCGGUCCGUCUCGUCUGGCGCUCAGUGCGCCAGUUUCUAGGCUGCCGCAGCAGCUGCUGACCUCAGAUCAGGCAAUUCUUGGGAUGUGAUGCCCUCAGAGGCACCGUACUUGCUCUGGACCAUCUGAUUCCCCAUUGCAAACCCUAGUUUCCAGCUUCCUCUCGAGAAGCUCAAGAUUAGCAUAUCUGAGGCGUGAGUAGCGCGGAGCAAGUGGAAGGCAUGCAGGGCGGAGGCGCAGCGGACAGCCCGGGCGCGGCGGCGGCCGACGCGCCGCGGCCGAGCCGGUACGAGUCGCAGAAGCGGCGGGACUGGCACACGUUCGGGCAGUACCUGCGCAACCACCGGCCGCCGCUGGAGCUCGCGCGGUGCAGCGGCGCGCACGUGCUGGAGUUCCUGCGCUACCUCGACCAGUUCGGCAAGACCAAGGUCCACGCGCUGGGCUGCCCCUUCUUCGGCCACCCGUCGCCGCCGGCACCGUGCCCCUGCCCGCUCAGGCAGGCCUGGGGCAGCCUCGACGCGCUUGUCGGCCGCCUCCGCGCCGCCUUCGAGGAGCACGGGGGCAGGCCCGAGGCCAACCCCUUCGGUGCGCGCGCCGUGCGCCUCUACCUCCGCGAGGUCCGCGACAGCCAGGCCAAGGCGCGCGGCAUCGCCUACGAGAAGAAGCGCCGGAAGCGGCCGGCCCCGUCGCAGCAGCAGCAGCCCUCGGCGGCGACGCCUCCGACCCCGGUUCACACCUCCUCGCCGGUCCUGUCGGCCGCGGCCACCGAGACGGCCGACGCGCGGCCCGUGCCGGAGGCCCGGCGUCAGUUCUUCAUCCCGCACCCGCAGUUCCUGCACGGGCAUUUCAGCUUGGGGCCGGGCAACCCCGAAGCGGUCGCUGGCAAUGGCAACAGCAGCGCCAGCGCCAACGGCGGCGGCAAUGGUGAUGAGAUGGCGCUGGCGCUGGCGGCAGCGGCGGAGGCGCACGCGGCGGGGUGCAUGCUGCCGCUGUCUGUGUUUAACUAGCCGUAUAGCAAAGCGAGGUAGGUUAAUCUGGAGGUUUAUCUAGCGUUAAGAUCGAUCUCAAGAUGGAUGAUCGACUUAUUAACGAUGGAUCGAUCAACACAUACGUACUGUUCGAUCUUAUGGAUUCUCUGCUACUCUCUUUUGGUUACAUUUCCUGCUCUGCUGCUGGGAAAUAGUAGUACUUGUACUGUAGGGUUUGCAGUAGUAACAUGUACUCGUUUUGUGUAUGCAACGAUGAUGGUGAUAAUAUAUAAUAGGAGGCUUAAUAGA